AUGGGAUCAUCAACUCAUUCCGAGCCAACUGACCUCCCAACUCCUCCUCCAACAAGCCCUAAAGUAGUAGUCGGCUACGACCUCCCAACAUGGCGUAAAUACCUAAUCCUCUUCGUGAUCAGCUGGCUCACCCUCGUCGUCACUUUCUCCAGUACAUCCAUGCUCAUUGCAACCCCCGAAAUAGCAUCCGACCUCUCAACCACCCCGGAGAUUCUCGAUGUAACCAAUGCCGGUGUCUUGGUAGCCAUGGGCCUGUCGUCGUUGAUAUGGUCUCCGCUUAGUGAUCUGUUUGGUAGACGGAAGAUUUAUGAUGUUGCCAUCUUUUUCAUGUUUGUGCCUUCGAUUGGAGCUGCGGUGGCGCCGAAUUUGGCGGCUUUUACGGCUAUGAGGUUGGUGGGUGGGUUGACGGGGACUUAUUUUAUGGUUGCUGGGCAGACUGUUAUUACGGAUAUUUUUGAACCGUUGUAUCGUGGUCAGGCAACUGGCUUCUUCAUGGUCGGGAGUGUGGCUGGUCCUGCUCUCGGUCCCUGUAUUGGUGGUGUGAUAGUCACAUUCAGCCACUGGAGAGAUAUCUACUGGCUCCAGGCAGCCAUGUCAGGAUUCGGUCUGGUUCUAUCCAUCAUCGUCAUCCCCAGCAUCAAGAGAGAGGUUGAAGUCGUCCAUGUGGCCGGAGCACAGAAACUCUCACUCUACAAGACAUUACAGAAAUUUAAUCCCCUUGGCGUGUUUCGACAGUUACUUUCUCCAAACAUCUUGCUCGCCGACGUAACAUGUGGCUGUCUAGCAGUCACUCAAUACGGAAUCCUCACAUCAGUCCGCCACGUCAUAAAUCCACGCUUCAACCUCACCACCCCUUUGAUCAGCGGUAUAUUCUACAUUGCCCCUGGAGCCGGCUUCUUCGUCGGUAGUAUCGUGGGCGGCCGUCUCUCAGACCGGACCGUGAGACGCUACAUCGCCAAAAGGAACGGCAUUCGUUUACCGGGUGACAGACUCAAUAGUGGCCUGAUUGGAUUGUUUGUGAUUCUGCCGAUUUCGUUAUUAUUGUUGGGUUGGGGGUUGCAAGAGGGCAUUGGCGGGUUGGCGUUACCGAUUGUAGCUGCAUUUUGGGCUGGAGUUGGGUUGAUGGGGACGUUUAAUGCGUUGAAUACAUAUACAGCUGAGGUGAAUCCUGCCAAAAAAGCAGAAGUCAUCUGUACCAAAUACAUUGUUCAAUACCUCUUCGGAGCUGGUAGUUCGGCAGCUAUUGUUCCUUUGAUUGAUGCUAUUGGUGUUGGGUGGUCAUUUACUUUCUUGGUCGCGUUAGACUUUAUAGGAGGUGGUAUGGUCUUGCUGAUUACGAGGGUUUGGACCAAGGUGCCGAAUGAGUGA